GUCAAAGACACACCCUGUACAAUUAUAUCAUAUCUAGUUGAGAAAUAUAAUCCUAUUGCCCAUGAAGAAAAAUAGUUCAGCUGCUUGUGUUCCUGCGGGCUCCAAACAGGUUGGACGUAUAUCUGAACUUGUGAACGAUAUUGUUUUUCUCCUCAUCGGUACAUUUGCGUCCGCAACUGCUACCAUGUUUUAUCUACGAGGUGAACAAACAUUCAGACUUUGUCAUAAAUUAAACAAAAGUUAUGGAAUGUCCAAGGAAUACGAACCAGUUGUAAAGCACUUGGAGCAAAUGACACAUUUAUUCUACUACGAUUCUAUUAUUAGUAACACGAUAUACCUCAUCUUCACUUACCUAUCUGAUCAUGAAUGUUUCCAAAGAAAAAGGGAAGGGACUGGAGAUGGUUACAUAUGCGGAGUAUUGUACCCCGCUUGGUACCCCAUAAAUCUGGAUUAUACGCCUUGGAAGCAGAUAAUUCACUUAAUGGAAUUCAUUGAAAUAAUAUACAUUAUCCCAAAACUAGCAGGAGCUUGUAUAUUUUUCUAUGGUGUCAUCGUUAUAACGGAAACUAGAAUCAACCGAUUGAAAAGUUUUCUCAAGAACAUAAGUGUCAGCCGGGGCACGUCUGCCGAGGAAUUGUUAAAAAUCAAGAGUGCUGUAAGGGAUUAUUGCGACAUUGUUGAGUAA